GCCCGCCAUGGAGGGUUUCCGCGAGGUUCCGGAUGUUCCGGUGAAGUAAUGUUGGAGAUAAAACCACUCGUCAUUGAGUAGUUAUAUGCAGUGACACUUUCGUUCCUAACGCGGUUGUGUGUUGGUUUUCGUUUUAUUGUGUUAAUGCGUGGAUUGCGAGGGAGGACGCUGUUCUACUGCUUUGCCCUGGCCGAAAGCUAAGGACUUUUGCAUUGCGAUCUCUGCUGCUGCUGCGUAUGGCCUCCGCUCCCCUGAAACAGAGGCUCUUCCGGGUACUUCUCCUUCUCCUGUCGCUGUUCCCCACUCUACUCCAUGGUCAACUUCUCACUACGACGGCGCUGGUCGGGGAGGACGUCACUCUGUCGUACGACCCGGAGCUGUCCACAGACCUGACUGAGACGGCAGUGAAAUGCUACACGGACAAAAUGCUCAAUGACUUUGUCUUUUACAAGGACAAACCUCCCCUCAGUCCCCUGGACAGUGAAUCACUACUGAAUCCCGCGUACAGAGGGAGAACGAACCUGUCAGCCGAAGACCUGAAGAGAGGAAUCAUCUCCCUCAGACUGUACAACGUCACACGGGCCGAUGAAGGGAACUACACCUUCGUGUUGCCCUCCUUAAUAUACAAGAUCCAGCUUCUCAUAGGUGCCGUGUCCUCCGCUACCAUCACCCCGGAGGAACGCCACGACUGCAGCGGUCUGGUGCUGAGGUGUGACUCCGUGGGCUGGUACCCCCGCCCACAGCUCUCCUGGUGGACCGAUGGAGGCCGCCUCCUGCCUGCUGUCACCAUGAACCCCACCCGGGACCCCACCGGCCUGUACACCAUCAGCAGCACCGUGGAGGUGGAGAGCAGCCAGGGAGCCGGGAACUACAGCUGUAGAGUUCACCAGGAACGGUUCAACCAGACCAGGGAGGCGGAGAUAGCCAUUCAGGAGGACCAGUUCCCGUCCUGCUCUAGUCCCUACUUGUGGUUCGCUGUCCUGGCGAUCCCUAUCGGUGCCUCUGUCUUGGUGGUGAUCGCCAAAAAAAUAAUCCAAAUCUUCUGAACCGGCCGUGGCCGUCGAACAACUCGGGCCUGUUGAAGACGCUAUCACACUAGUGUAAGGGUGUUUUUUUUGGUGUCAUAUUUUGCACUUUUAUUACUCCAUAAUGAAUUUAAUUUAACUCUAUCAAUCAAUGUGCUAUUUACUUUGUAGCGUACCCUUUUGAGGUUUUAAAGGUUGUAUCAGCGAUGCUAGGCCAAAACAUAAAUGAUCACGUUCAUCUGAUCUCCCCUCACGAUCCGCUAGCUGCCUGCCCCAUAAGCAGGCCGUCAAAAAAACGCGUCUCUGUAGGCAGCCUGUGCUCCGAGAUGUACACAAAAAUAAAUAGUUUCACCAACCAUUCAAAACCAAAAUAAAUAGUAUUCCAACCAAUCACCGACAAGGGGUGGGUGUUGUGGGGUUUUGCGCUGCGUUCAUGAUAGUUUUUACUGGAUGCACGAAACACGGAAGGGAGGGGCGAGCUGGCUCUGUUUGUUUGGGAAGAGACGUCCCCCAACAUCGCUGAUACAACCUUUAACCAAGUAUUUAUGCUUUCAUGAAGCUCCUUGUAAUAAGCUUACAACGCUACCAAAAAACCCUCAAAUCCCUGGGUGGCUGUUUUCAGUGUUGGUAUGUCCGAUGGUUUCUCCCAGAGUACUGCUGUUGGCCCGUGUACAUGAAACUGUUUAGGGCCGCAAUAUACAGUCAUUUUAACUUAACCUUUUAUUUUUUAGGCUAAUGCGUUCUUUUAAAUCAUGUUUUCAUUGAUUCAUGCAUCGUUUUUGAAAGCCAGUUUUAUUUGAUUUUAUGACAUGUUUACGUGUGAAGCACAUGUGUAUGAAAUGAUACUUGAAGGCCAGACUGGUCAACACUGCACCAUCAUUAAACACCACAAAUCACCGUCAGCAUGUCAAAAAUCACAGCCCCGUUUUGAAGUAUUUGAAGAGUUUACCGUUUGUAAUCUGAAUCUGACUUUUUAAAAGAUCGCGCUGCUCAGUUUACAAAUAUAGCAGACAAACUAAGCCUGCUUUCAAUGGUAAACGCAUUGAUUCAAUAAAACUGU